GCCCGGCUGGAGCCGGGCCGUCUCAGGGCAGAGCCGCCCCAGGAGGGGCCGGAGCAGGUCUGUAGCACGGGGCUGGGCCUUGCCCCAGGCUUGGCUUCAGCAUCUUCUGAUGAGCUUGGAAUGCAGAUGAGGAGACUAGAGCUGACUGGUGACCAGGUCGGCUUCUCUGCUAUAUACAGCUGGGACCAGUUCUUAGGUGACUUUCCAGCUCCAGGACUACCCAUAACAGUUUUGAAGCAUGUGAGGGGUACAUCAUCAUGUGGCCCUGGAGGAGAGCUUCAAUGCCCAGCUAUUCUAGAGUCCUUCACUGAGUGGCUUUUUUUGGGUUCCUCCACUGCCUGGCUUUAUGGGGUGGUUCACCACCUGGACUUCUUCGGGAGCCUCAGUAAGUUACAUAUGGUACUGCGCUAUACCAGAGGAGUCCAUCAGCAUUCCCGCCCCGGAGGAGCUCUUCACCAUGCUGCUUCGGAGGAGCCCUUCAUUAUGUUGCCCGCCUCCUCUUGGAGCCCUUCACUGCACUGCCCCAGAGUUCUUUAUCAUGCCGCCCGGCUCUUCUUGGAGCCCUUCAUUGUACCGUCCCUGAGGAGUCCUUCACCGUGCCACCCGGCUCUUCUUGGACUCCUUCACCCUGCUGUGACAGAAGAGUCCUUCACCACGCCACCAGGCUCUUCUAGAGCCAGUGUGAAGGAGCAGAGACUGGAUUUUACCUACAGUUAUCCCUGGAGGAGCUGCUGCAGAAGGAAGCCAGCCUAUGGUUUUUGGGAGCUGUGCCACAGGACAGCUGAGCAGAAAUCUGGCCUGAUAGUACCACAUUUUUUGCUUUUGGCAAUAAAGAUUGGAGCAAGCCACGACUGAGACAUGGUGGCAUCUGGUUUAUUUGCUGCAUGGUUAUCUAAACCCUGCUAACAACUCUCAGGAGGAUACCUCACCCCCACCUGCUCCUCAUCCUUGACACAUCCCACAGCUCCUGCAUGAAGUCCAUGUUGCCGCUGUGGCAGUGGAGCUAAUAGUGGGCAGCUGGCAGCCGCGGAGGUCUCGCUGCAGUUUUUACUGCAUUCCAGUGGGUAAGUGCUUGUGCUGGAAGGGGCUGCUUCUCUUCUGCGAUAGAUGCUGCCUUUGUCCCACCUUGCGCUUUUCUUUCUCUGUUUAAGCAUGGCUCUUGCAAGCAGAGCUCUAGGUAGGUGCAGUCCAUGUUCAAUUUCCUCACUAAAUGUUGCCAUUCAAUGUAGGUGAGAAAGUGCUUCUGCAGGGAGGGGCUGGGCAGGAGGCAGCAGGGUAGCCCCCACCUGACAGGAAGCCAAGGGAGCACCUGUUGGCACCCAUGCUCGCUAGCCUGAGUUGUGUGGGUACAAAAAAGCCUUCCUGUUCUUUUUUUCCCUGCACAACUCACUUAAGCUAUAGGGAGUGUGGGGUUUGGUCCCCUCUCUUGGCUGCUCUGGCUGGACCGUGGCCUGCCUGCUCCUUGAGGAAGCCACUCGGGUCAGGGCCUGUCCCCGCUGCACACUUCUGCACUUAAAGGGAGUUUUAAAGUGACUUCAAGAGUCUUUUAAAUUCUCUGUUUAAGUGCAGUCAUGGGUGGCAGGCAGGCCCUGGCUGAUGGAGGGUGCCAUACCUUGUCACUCCCUAGAUGAAAUGUGUUCUGUGGGGACAAAAAAGCUCCAUGGGGUUUCUGUCCCCAUGCAAGGCCCUUGGGCUUGCUGCCCUGGGCUCCUGGUCGCUACAGAUCAGUUUAGGAGCAGACAUUGGUCCCUCAAAGUGAAGCCCGUGACCAGUUUUGGGGUGUUUGGAGUUGGUGCAGGCACAGGCUAAGGGGGAUGUGACUGCUUGGCUGCUCUGAUCAGGGAACAGGGGACUGUGGCCCUUCCUCAGUGGAAAUCCCCCUCUUUCUGGGGAUGCUGCUCACAACAAAUGCAGUUGAGGGCAAAGCACAGUUUUUUCUCCUGCCCUAUCCAGUCCUUCAGGCUGAAACACUGGUUUGCUUCUGGGAAGACCUCAAAAUGUCAAAAUACAGCAAUGUUGUGGACCCCAAAACCUAAAUCCGUAAUAGGGGCUGUGGCAGCUGCUGCUUUACUACCCUUCGCAGAGACAGGGAUGCGGUGAUGGCUGAGAACACUGGGCAGGCUGGGCCAGAAGAGUUCUCCUGGAGCUCUCAAAGUGAUUUCCAGAAUUUUAAAGCAAUUCUUUCCCCUAAUUUUUGCUUGGUACUAUAUUGCUUGGUGGGGGUUGAGCUUUUGUUUUUUAAUAACUCAGCCUGAGGUGGAUUUCCAGGUGUGGAAAAUUGUCAGUUGUUUGGCUUUGUUGCACCAAGAAAAGUCUAGGAAAAAUAGGUGGAAGGAGUACUAUGACACUCUAAUAACAGGUAGUAGUGCUAGCUAAUCCCCAAUAACUAGUACAGGUUUCAGAAGAUAAAUAUGGGUGCAUAGUUUCGGAAGAAACCAUGAGAUUUCGGGAGAAAUUACAAGAUUAAGCCUCUUGAUGAUGAAAUAUUGCAACUCUCUGGUCCUUUGAAUUUCUUCAGCAGGCUGAGAAGCAAAUGGCUUUACUACUUAUCCCUAUUCAAAAAUGUCAUUUCGAAGAAUGAUUUCAGUAAUUGUUUUGCCUAACAGAGCAAAUUAUGAGUUCCUCUCCAAUGUGUAUUUUUUAAAAGCAGCAAAUAAUGAGAGGAUUUGAGCACUUCCAUGGAUUUGAAUAUCCUUUUGCCAUUAAAUUUAAUUGGUCA